UGAUACAUUCCUGUUACACGCUUGUCGUGACGUGUUCUGUUGAUUCUUAAAUUUAGUCGUAGUCAAGUACAGUAAAAAAAAAUAGUCAAAUGAGAAUUGAUUAGCUGAUAACAUUUUAAGUUGUGUUAAUUUCAUCUGUGGAGAGUAGUUCGUGUUGUGUGAGUCCUGUUGCCUCUUAAAUUUUCGCGGGAUUUUCUUUACAGACCUCCUGGGACAUGUUCUUCGUUAAUUUGCUCAAAUUGAAUUUGAAUUUUCUCUAGCUCAACUGAGCUAUAAAUACAUAAAUUGCCCCCUAAACUUAUCCCGAAAACUGUUAUACACUAUAACUUUACGAGCAUCCUUUUACCCCCCUAAUCUUUUUUGGACUGGAACUAAUACCCCUUACGAAGAGAAUCCUGGACAUAUUUUGUCAAGUGUUAUACACGCGCCUAAUGUGUAUAACACCACUUAUCCACAAAUUACUUUGCCAUAGGAAGUUCGCAUUUCCUGUCAUAGAGAGUUUGGUGUUUCCUUUACGAGCAUAUUAUCUUCAAUGCUCUUUGUUUUUUCCAUUUCUAGUUGCUUCUUCCUCUUUUCAAUCUAUGUCAGAGCUUUGUCGAGAGCAAUUAUACAAUGAAGAUUGAUAUGGUUUUAUUGCGUUUUGGCAAAAACCGGUCGGUCGAUCUUAGGUGCAGAUCAGUAUUAUUCAGUUCAAUCCAGGUCUCUUACUCAGUUAUGGCCAGUGAAACAAAGACCGGCGUUUCCAAUGGUAACGGCAAUGCUCAUUUUACACCACAACGGACUUACCAGGUUGUGGUUGCUGCAACUCAAAAUAUGGGUAUUGGUAAGGAGGGGAAGUUACCUUGGAGACUGCCUACAGAUCUCAAGUUCUUCAAGGGUAUCACUGGGACGACAACGGAUCCUACAAAAAGGAAUGCUGUUGUUAUGGGAAGAAAGACUUGGGAAAGUAUUCCUAUUGAACAUCGCCCUCUUCCUGGACGCCUCAAUGUUGUUCUCACACGUUCAGGAAGUUUUGACAUUGCUACAGCAGAAAAUGUUGUCAUAUGUGGAAGUUUAGGCUCUGCUUUGCAACUAUUGGCAGCCUCGCCUUAUUGUCUCUCUAUUGAGAAUGUGUUUGUUAUAGGAGGUGGCGAGAUUUUCAGAGAUUCCCUGAAUGCUGAUGGAUGCGAUGCAGUCCAUAUCACUGAAAUUGAGACUGAUAUAGCAUGUGAUACUUUUACUCCUGCUAUCGACACCUCGGUAUUUCGACCCUGGUACUCAUCAUUUCCUGUGAUCGAGAACAAGAUUCGCUAUUCUUUUACCACCUAUGUUCGUGUGAAGAAUUCCGGAGUAGAAACUGUUAAUCAGUCAAAUAGUGAAAUUCCUGAGAAUGGUUCAGAUUCUUCUAAUAUUGAGGUUAAAUCGUUUUCCUUCUUGCCUAAAAUGGUAUUUGAGAAACAUGAAGAAUUCAUGUAUCUGAGACUGGUUGAAGAGAUCAUCUCGAAUGGCAUGCUAAAGGAUGACAGGACAGGCACUGGUACUUUGUCGAAAUUUGGUUGCCAGAUGAGAUACAAUUUACGCAGAUCAUUUCCCCUUCUUACAACAAAGAAAGUUUUCUGGAGAGGCGUCAUUGAAGAACUCUUGUGGUUCAUCAGUGGAUCAACAAGUGCUAAGGUCCUACAAGAGAAGGGCAUUCAUAUUUGGGAUGGCAAUGCAUCCAGAGAUUAUCUUGAUAGUAUUGGCUUGAAGGAUAGGGAAGAGGGUGAUUUGGGACCAGUAUAUGGGUUUCAGUGGAGACAUUUUGGUGCCAGGUACAUUGACAUGCAUACUGACUACAGUGGCCAGGGGUUUGACCAAUUGGCUGAUGUUAUCAACAAAGUUAAAAACAAUCCAGAUGACCGACGCAUUAUUCUUUCAGCUUGGAAUCCUUCUGAUCUUAAACUGAUGGCGCUUCCACCUUGUCAUAUGUUUGCUCAAUUUUAUGUAGCCAAUGGGGAGCUAUCCUGUCAGAUGUAUCAGCGAUCUGCCGAUAUGGGUUUGGGAGUGCCAUUCAACAUUGCAUCUUAUGCCUUGCUGACAUGCAUGAUAGCUCAUGUUUCUGGUCUAGUUCCUGGUGAUUUCAUACAUGUCGUAGGAGAUGCUCAUGUUUAUCGCAAUCAUGUCAGACCUCUGCAAGACCAGCUUCAGAAGCUGCCUAGACCUUUCCCAGUGCUGAAGAUCAAUCCGCAGAAGAAGGACAUAGAAUCCUUUGUUGCUGCUGACUUUGAGCUUACCGGCUAUGAUCCUCACCAAAGAAUUGAAAUGAAAAUGGCAAUAUGAAGUUCCAUGCAGUUAGUCCUGAAUUCCUCUGCUCUUAGGAUAUGUGGCUCAUAUUUUGAGAUUGGAGAACCGAGGAUGUCUUGAGGAGUUAUUUUAUAAUUUGAAUCUUCAUUAGUAGUAUAUUUGAGGAAAAAACAUCUAAGUAUUAGGAUCUGCGAAUCCUUUAGCUCCAAAACAAUGGAUGUGUGGUUGCUAAGGUGAUUUAGAAUGCUAUGGCUUUCCUUUUGUGUUGAGACUUACCUUUUUGGCUUUCUAUGACAAUACCCUUUCUCUUAUAAGAUGUAUUAUUUAUGUUUUCGCUCAUUUAUUUGCGUAUUGUUUCA